CUGUCUUUUCUUAACAUGGUAGUCACCAUAGAUUCCCUUUACAAGGUGACGGAGGGUGGUCAGUCAGAUGUCUUCCAUCGGCAUGCAGAUGGCAGCUUUGAUCAGGCCUGCUGCUUUACGGUUUAUCAUGGAAACCACAUGGAGUCACUCGACCUGGUUACAUCGAAUGCAGAGGAGGCCAGAACCUGGAUCACUGGCCUUCGCUACCUGAUGGCCGGGAUAAGUGACGAGGACUCGUUGGCCAAGCGGCAACGCACACAUGACCAGUGGAUGAAGCAGACGUUUGAGGAAGCUGAUAAAAAUGGAGACGGCCUGCUAAACAUUGACGAAAUCUAUCAACUUCUUCACAAGCUUAAUGUUAAUCUGCCACGCAGGAAGGUCAAGCAAAUGUUUCAGGUAUGA